CUUCCGGGGUGGGGCCGCCCGGAGUGGUGCAGUGAGGGACAAACAAAAGAAGCCGAAGCUCCGGGGACAGAACCGCGAAGGCGCCGCCAGGGAAGCUGCUCCCAUGGCUUGUGGGGAAUGUGUCCCUUCAGCACCGGCUCUGGAUCCAGCUCUCGGAAACAGUGUCCGCCAGCCGCACAGAAGCCUGAAGUGCAGAUAACAGACGCCAACCACAGGGUGAGGGGCCUGCGUCCUAUUCUCAACGGGCACCCGGGGGACAAUGUUUUGGGUGAGCCAUGAUUCCUGUCACAGAGCUGCGUUACUUUGCCGACACCCAGCCAGCGUACCGCAUCCUGAAGCCGUGGUGGGACGUCUUUACGGAUUACAUCUCUAUCGUAAUGCUGAUGAUUGCAGUAUUCGGCGGGACACUGCAGGUCACCCAGGAUAAAAUGAUUUGCUUGCCUUGCAAAUGGAUUACCAAAGAUGCUUGCAACGAUUCUUCCAGGGACUGGGCGCCUGCAAGUGCAGACACUAGUUUCUCUAAUUCUUCUGUGGUGUCGUCUACGAACACCGGGCCAACAGGGAUCAAAUAUGAACUCGACAGGCACCAGUAUAACUACGUGGACGCCGUGUGCUAUGAAAACCGCCUUCAUUGGUUUGCCAAGUAUUUCCCUUACCUGGUGCUUCUACACACGCUCAUCUUUCUGGCUUGCAGCAACUUCUGGUUCAAGUUUCCGAGGACCAGCUCCAAGUUGGAGCAUUUUGUCUCCAUCCUGUUGAAGUGCUUUGAUUCGCCUUGGACUACAAGGGCUCUGUCCGAGACCGUAGUGGAGGAGAGCGACCCCAAGCCGGCCUUUGGGAAAAUGAACGGUUCCAUGGACAAGAAAUCCUCCACCGUCAGCGAGGACGUGGAGGCCACCGCUCCGAUGCUGCAGAGGACGAAAUCUCGGAUCGAGCAAGGGAUAGUAGACCGGACGGAGAACGGCGUUUUGGACAAGAAAGAGGGCGAGCAGGCCAAAGCUCUGUUUGAGAAGGUCAAAAAGUUCCGCACCCACGUGGAAGAAGGGGACAUAGUUUACCGCCUCUACAUGAGGCAAACCAUCAUAAAAGUGAUCAAGUUCAUUCUCAUCAUUUGCUACACUGUCUAUUACGUCAAUAACAUUACCUUUGACGUCGACUGCAAAGUGGACAUAGAGAGCCUGACCGGUUACCGCAUGUACCGUUGUGCUCACCCUCUGGCGACUCUCUUCAAGAUCCUGGCUUCCUUCUACAUCAGCCUGGUGAUCUUCUAUGGCCUGAUUUGCAUGUACACCCUGUGGUGGAUGCUCCGGCGGUCCCUCAAGAAGUACUCCUUCGAGUCCAUCCGAGAGGAGAGCAGCUACAGCGACAUCCCCGACGUCAAAAACGACUUUGCGUUCAUGCUGCAUCUCAUUGACCAGUACGACCCUCUCUACUCCAAGCGCUUUGCGGUCUUCCUCUCGGAAGUCAGUGAGAACAAGUUGAGGCAGUUGAACCUCAACAACGAAUGGACCUUGGAAAAACUGCGCCAAAGGAUCACCAAGAACUCCCAAGACAAGCUGGAGCUCCAUCUCUUUAUGCUAAGCGGCAUCCCGGACACCGUCUUUGACCUCAUCGAGCUCGAAGUCUUAAAGCUGGAGCUGAUUCCCGAUGUCACCAUCCCGCCUAGCAUCGCCCAGCUCACCAGCCUCAAGGAGUUAUGGCUGUACCACACGGCAGCCAAAAUAGAGGCCCCGGCCCUUGCCUUCUUAAGGGAGAACUUAAAAUCCCUGCACAUCAAGUUCACAGACAUCAAGGAGAUACCACUGUGGAUUUAUAGCUUAAAGACUUUGGAGGAGCUCCAUCUGACGGGAAACCUGAGUGCUGAAAACAACCGCUAUAUCGUCAUCGAUGGCCUCCGAGAACUGAAAAGGCUCAAGGUGCUGCGACUGAAGAGCAACUUGACCAAGCUGCCGCAGGUGGUGACGGACGUUGGGGUGCACCUCCAGAAGCUCUCCAUCAACAACGAGGGCACCAAGCUCAUCGUCCUCAACAGCCUCAAGAAGAUGGUCAACCUGACGGAUCUGGAGCUCAUCCGCUGCGACCUGGAACGCAUCCCUCACUCCAUCUUCAGCCUCCACAACCUCCAAGAGAUCGACCUCAAAGACAAUAACCUCAAGACCAUCGAGGAGAUCAUCAGCUUCCAGCACUUGCACCGUCUCACUUGCCUUAAGCUGUGGUACAACCAUAUCGCCUACAUCCCCAUGCAAAUCGGGAACCUCACCAACCUGGAGCGCCUUUACCUGAACCGCAACAAGAUUGAGAAGAUCCCCACCCAGCUCUUCUAUUGCCGGAAGCUUCGAUACUUGGACCUCAGCCACAAUCUCUUGACUUCCAUACCGGCAGACAUUGGCCUGCUGCAGAACCUACAAAAUCUAGCUGUGACGGCCAACAGGGAUUCAAUGUACAGCGGCUCCACCGUGAGGCUAGAGCUGGGUAGUUUUUACAGACAGGGAGAGAGAAUAAUUAUCAGCACUGUGGCGGGGGAGCCAGGACUUAAUUUGACCCGGAAGUUGGAUUUGGGAGCCGAAUCCUCAGGCUGGGUGCUACGACCUGAACGGCAGUCUGUUGGGGGACGUAUCAUCCUGGCUACAGCCGACUGUCAGUGGAAAACUAAUGUUUGUUUCUCAGGAAUGGUCUUGCAACAGCGGGAAGACUAUGCAGAUGUAUCCUGUCGCAAGACUGUGCCGUUCACGUUUUCAGAUUCUCUGGCCAAGGACCCUUUCCCGCCAUAA